AUGUGUCAGCAUCUAGGAACCUUUCUUCCCCGGAACCUUUGUGCACAGCCUCCUGCAUCCUCCUGCGGGGGAUGCAUUUCCGGUGUGUCACGGAUGUGGCCGGCUGGCGAUGGGAAGAUGGCGGCGGCCAUGAUGCAGAUGUCACUGGGUUACCGGGGACUCCUGGCAGUCCGGAGCCGGGGGACGGGCCCGCUGAGCCUGGGCUUCGUGUCUCCCCAGCUGCGGGCCUUCUCUGUGCGGAAAGAGCCGGAGCUGGAGGAGAAUCCAUAUUACAAGAAAUACCAGGACCGGAUCCAGCAACUGCGCCGGUAUGUGUCACAGGAACAACAAGAAAGGAACAACCUCCGGAUCCAGCCCGAACAGCCCUCCCUGCCACCUGAAUACCCUUCCCAGUUGACAUGGAGAGAACCCCUCCCCAGCCUGACAUUCCCCUCAGAACCCCUCCUCCCCUUACUGACAUGGAGAGAACCCCCCCUCCCAGCCCACGGGAGAGGGGAACCCCCAGCCUGACAUGGAAGAGACCUUUCUGACAUCUGACCUCAGUUGGAAGGAGCCUUCUCCCCCCAACCUGACAUGGAGAACCUUCUCCCCCCCAGCCUGACAUCUCCCAGCCUGACAUGGAGAGGGCCCCCAGCCUGACAUUUCUCGCCAUUUCUUCCUCAGCUGCUGAGAGAGGCAGCUUUCUCUCAGCUGACAUGGAGAGAAUCUCUUCCAUUGGUUUCUCUCCAUGACAUCAGGCCUGAGAAACAUGGGGGUUUCUUCCAUGCCUACUCCAGGCUGGGGGUCCCAUGUCAGGCUGGGGGGUUUCUCUCCAUGUCAGGCUGGGGUUCUUCCAUGUCAGGCUGGGGGUUCUCCAUGUCAGGCUGAGAAUUCUACAUGUCGACUGGGGUUCCUCUGAAAGUUCCAUGUCCCGGGCUGAGGAGACUACCAGGCUGGGGGAAGAAAGGCCCUAUCCAUGUUAGGCUGGGGGGAGAAUUCUCUCCAUGUUAAACUGGGGAGAAGGACCUUCUCUCCAUGUUUCCAAACUGAGAGUCCAUGUGUUAGCUGAGAGAUACUCCAUGUGUUGGCUUUGAGGAGAAAAUUCUCUCCAUGUUGAAAUUUCGAGAGAGGGGAAAGGACUAUACAUGUAUUUAGGGAGAAGGGGAGAAAAAUUCUCUCCAUGUUGAAACCUCUCCAUGUUAGGCUGGAAAAAUUCUCACUCCAUGUUAGGCUGGGGGAGAGGGAGAAGGUUCUCUCCAUAGGUCGGGGGGAGAAGGUUCUCCUGGGGGGAGAAGGUUGGGGGGAGAAGUCUUCCAUGUUAGGCUGGGGGAGAAGGUUCUCCAUGUUAGGCUGGGGAGAAGGUUCUCUCCAUGUUGGGGUUGGGGGGGGAGAAGGUUCUCUCCAUGUUAGGCGGGGAGAAGAAGGUUCUCUCCAUGUUAGGCUGGGGGAAGAAGGGUGUCUCCAUGUUAGGCUGGGGGAAGAAGGUUCUCUCCAUGUUAGGCUGGGGGAAGAAGGUUCUCUCCAUGUUAGGCUGGGGGAAAGGUUCUCUUCCAUGUUAGGCUGGGGGUUCUCUCCAUGUCAGGCUGCAUAAACCAAAAACAAAGUGAUUUAACUCCUAAAUUACAGUGAAAUUGCAGGGGAAUGAUCUAUACACUAAAACUGCUUUAUUUAGCUAAAGUAAUUUAGGUGACUAUAGUGUUCCUUUAACUUGCCACCAUUUUUUUCACCAAUUUAUUUCAAAUUUUGUGGUGUGAAAAAAAAAAUCAGAUUGUUUUACAUACAUGUUGCAUUUUCGCUGGGUAUUUUGUAUGUUUGAUAAGUGCCAUUGUCAUAAAUUCCCACUAAGUAUGCUCAGUUACCUCUUCUGAGUAAAACAAUAAGCCCAAUGCAUGACCUAGACACUAUUUUGUGAAGGUUACAGUGCUGUAAAAGACGUGAUAAGUUCAGGUUUUUAAGUGUGAACUUACAUGGAGGGUUUUAAUGGGUCCAUAUUCUAUUUUGAAAUAUGUUAGAAGCCUUUUUCCAACUACCCCAAAAAGGCAUACCAUUUUUAAAAAAAGACACCGAGGGUAUUUCAAAAGGCAAAUUUUGAACCUUAGCGUGGGAUCAUUUUUCUGAUAGUUUUUUUUUUUUUCUGCCUUUUGGACACACACAGUGAGUUUGUACAGUAUAUUUUGCAAACCUUAUGUGUGCUACGGCUUUAUUAUACUUCAUAUGUUGCUCAGCGAUGUUGUCUGAGUACAGCAAUACCCCCGUAUGUACCUUUGCCAGGCAUAUGUGGACAUUGAAGGGGCACAUUUGAGACACAGCCAUUGCAGUUUUUUUCAAACUUUUUAUUUUUAUGCUGUGUCGUUAGCUCACUUUGGAGGUUUUUUUGGUAGGUUAAUUAUUCCAGCUACCCCAUAAAGGCAUAAUGUUUCUUAAAGAAGACAUCCCAGGGUAAUUCAAAAGGCAUAUUAUGAACCUUAGUCUGAAAUAAUUUUUCCGCUAGCUUGUACCAAGUGUAGUGGUAAUAAGCAUUUUUUCUGCUUUUUUUGACCCACAGUACAUUUUGUACUGAAUACUGUAUUUUGCAAACCUUAUAUGAUAUAUAUAUAUAUAUAUGAUAUCUUGUUUCCGCUAGCUUAUACCAAGUGUAGUGGCAAUAAGCAUUUUUUAUGCCUUUUUUUUUUUUUUUGGUAAAUCUUUAUUUUAUUAUGGCAUAUGUGUUAUGGGGUACAGAAUAGAAAAAUGAGGCAUUGUGGGGUAACACAAGUUAAUUAACAGUAAAUCCCCCAAUUUUCCCACUAACUUCUACCCUAAAUAAAUAGCUAAAUAAAUAAAUGUUUUACAAAUAUUUAAGUAACUAAAUAAAUUUAACCCUUGAGGAUUAAAUAAAAUUAAAGUUAACCCUCAGGGGUUAAAAGAAAAAAUCAGGUCACAUUGAAAUACUGUGAUCUGUAUUUUGAUCACUGCAGACAGUGAUCAAAGGGUAGGGAAGGGGUUAAAUUUUAUUUGAAAGAGGAGAGAGGGGGUGGGAUUUUAUUACUGACAUUUUUAUUUUUUUUACAGAGUGAGACAGAUCAGCACCUGAGCUGCGGGGAGACAGAUCGGGUUUCACUGCAGCACCUGUGAUCGCUAUGACUCCUGGUCAGAGCGAUCACAUGGGCUGUGAAACUGCCCACAGUAGUAUGCCUCCAACACGGAGACACACUACACGAACACUAAACCCACGAUUGCAGCGAUUGUGGACAGAAAUUUAAUUCCUUAAGGGGAGUGCUGCAAUGAUGGAAAAUUUCCAUCCAGUGUCCUUAAGGGGUUAAAGGAGCACUAAAGGGUCAGGAACACAAACAUAUAUUUCUGACCCUAUUAUGUUAAAACCACCAUCUAGCCCCCCUGGUCUCUCUUGCCUCCCUAAAUAUAGUAAAUUCUUACUUGUAUUCAAGUCUGUAGCUGCUGGCUCUGCCCCUGUCUGCCUCAGAAUAGCAAGCUGCCUGCUGACCUCAUCAGAAGUGUUGUUCUGAGCCAAUCACAAUGCUUCCCCAUAGGAUUGGCUGAGACAGUGAAUGAAGCAGAUCAGGGGCAGAGCCAGCACAGUCAAACACAGCCCUGGCCAAUCAGCAUCUCCUCAUAGAGAUGAAUUGAAUCAAUAAAUCUCUAUGAGGAAUGUUCAGUGUCUGCAUGAAGGAGAUACUGAUAUGUUGCGAUGCACACUAAGCAAGACUGAGAUAGGAAGCAGCUCUAGCAGCCAUCUGAGGAGUGGCCAGAGAAGUUAUCACUAGGCUGUAAUGUAAACACUGCAUUUUUUUUUUUUUAAAAGACAGUGUUUACAGUAGGGAUCGUCCGAUAUUCGGUAAUUUCUGCAAUAUCGGUAUUGGCCUAUAGAGAUACCAAUAUUGCCGAUAAUGCAGACCAAGACCGCCGGGCCCAUGACAAGGAGACAAAUGUUUGAUCCAAUGUUUAAAAACUGUUUUAACCUUAGUGAAUACUUGCUUAAUCUAGUUUUGUGUUCUAAGCAGUCUGUAUUUUUUUUUUUCUUGUACUUUUUAUCUUUCCAAAACCUAGAUCUGACCCUGCUGCUUUUGAUGCACGCUUGGACAAGAGGAAAGAAGUAGAAAAACAGCCCCUCGGUUACUCAAAGCAAUCCGAAUUUGCCCGUGCGAUAGAGGAUAAGGUAGCGCUUUGUUUAUUGCAUAACUGUGACUGUCUCUCCUAAAUAAAUAUUUGUAGCAACCAUGUGGAUGAAAAUAAAUGUAUCCCAGACAAUUUAAAGGACCACUCUAGGCACCCAGACCACUUCAGCUUAAUGAAGUGGUCUGGGUGCCAGGUCCCUCUAGGAUUAACCUUUUCUUUUUUUUAUAAACAUAGCAGUUUCAGAGAAACUGCUAUGUUUAUAAAUGGGUUAAUCCAGCCUCUAGUGGCUGUCUCAUUGACAGCCGCUAGAGGCGUUUGCGUGCUUCUAACUGUUAGAAUCAGAGUGAGAAGACGCCAGCGUCCAUAGAAAAGCAUUAUGAAUGCUUUCCUAUGAGACUGGCUGAAUGCGCGCGCAUUCAGCCGAAGAGGAGGAUUGGAGAGGAGGAGGAGAGCUCCCUCCCCGACGCUGGAAAAAAGGUAAGAUUUAACCCCUUUCCUCUCCCCAGAGCCCGGCGGGAGGGGGUCCCUGAGGGUGGAGGCACCCUCAGGGUACUAUAGUGCCAGGAAAACGAGUAUGUUUUCCUGGCACUAUAGUGGUCCUUUAAAGGAACACUAUAGGGUCAGGAACACAAAAAUGUAUUCCUGACUCUAUAGUGUUAAAAACACCAUCUGGCACUCCCUUUCGCCCUAAGUAUAGUAAAAUCUUUCCUUUAUUCCAGUCUGCUGCAGCUGGCUCUGCCCCUGAUCUGCCUGCUUGGUUGACCUCAUCAGAAGUGGUGAACUGAGCCAAUCCCAAUGCUUUCCCAUAGGAAAGCAUCGGAUUGACUGAGAAUGUCUGUCUAGGAGGCAGAUCAGGGCACUAUACUGUGGUUCCUUCACAGUAUAGUAUAUGAAACCAUUUUAGCGUGGUUGGUCAUUAAGCUGGGUCUCACGUGGAGCCCAUGUUGCAUCCGGUCUUCUCAGAGCUGGAGAAGCCAGCUGUCAGUUUUGUUCAAUAUAUGAACAGAUUCAGUCAUUCAUUGUCCUCAAUCCUCUCCUGUCCAUUAAGAGCGAAUGCAGUGUGGAUGCCUGACAGGACCCAGGCACAUGAAGUCAUGCUAAGAUGUUUUCCAGAUUAUGCUGGGAGGGCACCUGGGAACUCCUGGCACCAUAGCACUAUUCCAGGCUAUAAGGGUUAUAGUGUUUGGAAUGUUUCUCCCCCCAAAAAAUGUCCCAAGUCUUCACUUAUUUACUUACCUGUGUUUUAAAAACAUAAUGGCGAUAUUUUUAUUAAAAAAGUGUUUUAAUGCUGUCAUUAUUUUGAUUGUAUUUAUUACAAUGUUCUAAGAGUGAUCUAAAAACCCAAAAAUACAGCAGAAAAUAUAAUAGUGUGAUACAGUAUAAAGUGCAGCUAUAUGCGCUGGUAGAAUUACACUCACAGAAUCAAACCAAUAUUGAUGGCAGGACUCAAUAUAUAAUCCAAAUAAAGAUCUGCUUUAUUUCAUAUAACCAGUAUAACAAAGACAUGCAUAACAUGUAACAAAGGGUCCUUUUAUCUGCUUUAAUUCAUAUAAUAAGUAUAAAAGAAAUAUGCAUAACAUAAAAAGCAACAAAUGGUCCUGGCCUUACAUGUCUAGUUGUAUUUGCUGGUACAAGGAUACUUUCUGGGAUAUCCUUGGAGGAAGCUGCACAUACUCUUAAUAAGAUAAAUACUUAUUUUAACAACACUAGUCACAGAUUGGUGAGGGUGUGUGAUUCAUCUAAAAAAAUGCAAGUUUCUUCUCUUUUUUUUAAUAUUAAAUUCCUUAAUUUUUCUGAGAAAUGUAUAUCUCGAAAGACAACCAAAUUUAGCUGUAAUUUAGAGAAAAGAAACAACACUUCUGUAAAGAAAAAAAUAAAUUUGUUGAAUCAAUGAAAAAUGGUGUAGAUUCCAAAAUGACGUUAGGGCACCUAAAAAGCAACAGAUAAAAAGAUCGGACAGAUUUAAUAAAUUGCGCUACAAACUUGCAGACACAUGUUGGUACAAGGAAAUUCUGCAUUCUUCCCGUAUAAAAUUCAUAGGGAAAGUGGUUCUUAAUCAUAUUUUAAAACAUGUAGUUUUUCCGUUCGUCACUAGACCUAUGGAUAUGACCAGAACUAGAGGUAUGCUAAUGCAUUAACAUGUGUGGGUGGUAUGUUAAUCUAUCAUGUUAAGAUAUUAUGACACUUUAUUUAUCUACACAUCUAUGCAGUCAUAUAAGUAAGAUAAUAAGCUAUGUAUAAUCACAAUGUUUUGAUAUCUAUGUAUUGUCUUAGUCGAAGUACUGAUACACUGUAUAGAGUAGACAAAAUAUAGUUUAACCAGUAAUAUGGAGAGUUGGUAGCAGGAUUAUAUCACACCUGGUAAUAUAUAGACCUGGCAGUGGGGUGAUAUUGAGACCCAAAACCAUAAAGUAACCAGCUUCUCUCAAGAAGAAGGAUGGCUUAUCUAUCAGUAAGUAAAUGUUAAAAAAAAUAUAUAUGUACUUUAUUCUCCUUUUAAUUUGGGGAAUAAUCUAAUAGGGCAGGGCACUGGGCUAAGCACUAACUAAUUUUUACCCUGGAUGGCACAAAUACAAUUUGCCAACUACUUCAACAAAUAGGAAGGUGUGAUACUUGGCAGUGGGAAGAUAUAGAGACUUGGAGACUUGGUAGUAGCGUAAUCCAGAGACUAUAUAAUAAGGUAAUUAUAUAGACUUCCAUUGAGAGCGAGCCAUAAUCUCCUGCACAAAGCUUGCAGCUUGCCUUAGCGCUCUGCAGGGUCCGUGCAGGGCAGCUCAUUGGCUGAGCAUGUCAACGGAUUCCUCCGCACCACAGGCAUUCGCUCAAUGCAGAGAUCUUCCGGCUCUCAUUGAGGCGGUUACCGGCACCUGCCCGACUGCAGUUACAUCAUCAAACCAUGAUUACUUAGAUUGGGGGGUGCCAGUGCAUUCCUGGCACCACAACACUAGAACAAGCUGUAAUGGUUAUGGUGCAUUAUGUACGGAGAAUAGGUGGUAGCGUAUGUAAUCCACGCAAGCUGGGUGGGUGCCAGUAAGCCGACAAUAUCCAGUGGUUUAGGUAAAAUAAAGUCAACAUAAAUAAACAUUAAAAUGCAGAUCAUUAAUAUUGCGUACCUUGACACUAUAAAUAAAAAUGGCACUCAUGUUUAUUUUUCUUAAGGGUGCAAUGACUCCAGGGCCGCCUUCCUGGAUAAGUAUCAAAGAAUAAACAAAAAUUAUGUCCAGCACUCCUUAUUGUGAAAAGAUGAUAUCCCUUUAUUGGCAAACCAGCAAAGUUUUAACUGUCUGUCUUUAUCAAGCAGGGUGACACUACAUAUGUUGAACUACAUAGCUAGGAUGGCAGACCGUGCAACAUAGCAAAUGUACAGUUCAGAGCAUGCACGGCACUGAGGUAUGAGUGCAGUGCUAUACAUUUUACUGUCCUGUUACAUUGUUAUAGAUUACAAAAAAUACAUUCUUUUAUUUACUACUUCUAGAGUCAAUCCACUCUCUGUAUAGAUAUGUUUUUAAGCUUUUACUUUCUGUGGGUCGCAGAGAAACAAAUAAUUGUGACAUUUUAGUGGAUGUACAGAUGUAUUGGCUACAGUGAGUAUAUCCACAUCUGUGUAGGAUAUCAAUAAAAGAAAGAAAAUUGAACCUCUUAAUAUAUAUUCUCCCCUCCCUCCAAUCUUUAUAACGUUUUCAAAAACCUAUAACAAAAUUCUGAUCCACCAUCGACUCCUAUACUUGUAUGAUAAGAAAUAAACAUUUGUUUUCAUUUUGUGAAGCAAUCGUUCAAAAUACAAACUAAUGGCUGUUUUUAUGUGUUCAUUUUUAGGUUGGGACAGGUUCGCCCAAAGGAUUCACAAAGAACAAGGUGAGUUAUGUGCUGCAGCCAGUAGUUGUCUGGCAUCAAAACAACUUUAUCUUAACCCUUUAAGGACACAGCUUCGGUAGUUUAUAAUUUAUUAACCAUAACUGCUUCACUAUGCUACAGUUGUUUUGGUACCUAUACUGUCACUUUAUUUUUCUAGUUAUUCCUUAAAGGAUUACUCCAAGCCCGCUGUAGUGGUUAUAAUGCCAGGAGUACCCUGAUCCACUUCCCCGGUAUCAGGGCAAACUGACAAUGGUUUUCUCACCUACCUGGUCCCUGAGCACCAGCUGAACGAUCUCAGCCUACGACUGACUUUGUGUGCAAUAUAUGAUGCAGAGAGUAGGCAUUAGCCAGGAAUUUUUAUAUAUGCUCCUUUUUCAUAAAAUUUCAUCUAUACAUUGUGCUAGCAGUUUUGUUAGCAAAUCUAUAGAAUUAGAGAAAAACCUACAUAAAAAUAGUUGUUGGUUUUUUUUUUUUUCUUCUCCCAACUCUCAGUCAAUGCUGAGGCAUUUACUGACAAUGAAAAACUGAAAAGAACUCCCACUGCAUUUCACAAGCAUCGGAACGGCAGCAGAUGUGCUGCGAUUGCUAUAGAGAUUCCCACUCCGUUCCGACACCGGCACACAAAGCCAGCAUGCCGACUUUACUGAGGUGGUUUGCCCUGCUUGGGCAAAGGUGAAUCAGAGGAUGGCAGUGGGUGUUAUAUAAAGAGUAAAACCCACUAAACGGCUAUGGAACGGGGGAAAGGGGAAUAAAUCUCUCUAUUUUACAUUGAAUACACCAUGUAUCUUUGUAAUUUAUAAUGUAUGGGAGCAUUUCAGGUAAGUUUUUUUUCUCUACAGGUUUACUUUACAUUAACAGUUCUGUAAUUUCCUUUGGUAUAAGAAACCUGAAAGUUCUAAAACAUUGGUGUUGCCAGAUGUAGGCCUUGCGUGGCACAUCAUCUGCCCACAAUUAGAAAGUGCUCUAAAAUUACUGCGCAUGUCAAGUUGCAGACUUUGGCAUUUGCUAUUUUUUAAAAAUUCGGACAUGAAUUUUGACUAUAUAUUCAUCCGUCAGAAAGACGAAUUAACGAACUGUAAUUACAAAGAACGACUGAAGAUAGAAUUUCAGUAAUUUGUAGGUUAUUAUUUACAACAGUGAGCAGAUAUUUUAAACUUCCCUAAUUUAUUGAUACCGUUUUUUUUAGUUUUUUUUUUGCUUGGUAUGCAUAAAGUUGUCGGAAAGACCCAUUUCCGUCAUUCAGCUUUCUGGUGGAUAGAUCCCUAAUACUGUGGGAAUUAGGAGACAAUCUACUAAACAGCUGCAAGAUGCAGCCGAGGCACGGAUCAGAAUUUCAUUAUUUUGAAUUAAAUUCCAAACUGAACAUAAUGACCGAACUUCAUCCGAACAAUACCUUAAAACGCCAGAGAUUUUUUAUUUAUUUUUUAAAUCUCAAGCAAUUCUUUUAGCAUGUUCCAUAAACACAAUGAUGUCUAGGCCAUGCUGUGCAGAGUUGCUGUUGGAUUUUUGUAAACUUAAAAUUCAAAAAAUUUACCUGUGUGUGACUGCUGUCAUACGUGACAGAUCCAGCUGUUAGAUAUCCCAUCAUGACACGCAGUAUUCUAUUUGUAAAUUUACUGCACAAAUGUUUAGAACUAUGACAAAGUAAUUAUAUUCCCUCAUGUGUUUCAGACACUUAAUUCAAUUGUAAACGUUGAGCUGAUAAAAGACAAGAGCGCAGAUGAUAUUAAAGAGGUAAGUUGGAAGUGAUUGCCAGAACAGUUCCUCCCAUGAGAGGCAAUUAUUUACAUAAAUAGACAUUUUUAUAAUGUAAUGUAACAAAGAAAAAUCUAGAAUUACACGUUUUAUUUCCUACCUCACUGUAGGCUUUUCCGACCACUGAACCAAAACAAAUUGUCAUAAUUUCACGAGAGCAUUAUUGUUGUUUCAUUCAGAUGAGUUUAUUAUGGAUUCAAUGUCAGUAUCAUGUUCAUUGCAUUCCACCGAUGUGAACUACUUUACAUGGAUUAUGUAAAAAAAAAAAAGCUUUCAGAAUGAAUAUACCAUUGGUUUCCAUGGUGAUUGCUUCACAUUUAGAAUGUUGCCCCACAAUGAACUACAGCUGACAGAGGUUGAUAUCCCCAGAGAUGCUUGUUUUUUAGGAUACAUUUGUGAUUGGUAUAUUGUUAAGUUGUUUGCUUUAAAUAAAACUUGUCUCACCAUGGCAGCAAUGACAGUCACCGCUGUCCAUUCUUAUCGGUUUAAAACAUACAUUUCGCCAGCUAGGCAAUACAUAUCUAAUAAAAUUCUAAAUUUCUCAAGAAAUAUGCAGCUUUUUUUUUCUUCUUUCACUUGAAAUGUAAUAUUAUAUUUACCUUGGUGAAAACACGUUAUCAGUGUACACGUUAUCAUGUGUAAUUAUUUGCUAUUGCAAUGAUACAAUAUUAGCUACAUAAAGUAUUGGCUAUUAUCUGAAAGACGCUCAGUCUGCAGUUAAUGCAUCAGUUGCUGGCAUAUAAAGCUGAGCGUUGCACUCUUUUUAGUUCAGCCCAUCUAAUUGCCAUUUUACAAACAUUGCUGGCAUCCCUAUGUUUUAUAUAUGAUUCAUCGGAAUGCUUUAAAAGACGUUUCUUAUUUGUGUUUGGUUUGUUUUGACUGCUGAUCUGCUUUCUAAACCAAAUUGAUACAGAUUUAGGGAACACAAACAAACAAAAAUAAAGUUUUUACAUUUUACAAGACUACUUAAAAUCACCUAUGUUAGCAAACAGAUAUGGGGAUUCAGUUCCACCAUAUGGCCAUAUUGUGUUAAAUCCGCCACUACUUUACAGUACUCCAAUAUCAGUGGCUCCUACACUAAUCUUAACAUGGGAGAUACACAUGCUAACUGCAAUGCUUACUGCUUAUGCUGCUUCCGGAGAGAGUCUUCAAAUUUUAUGCUUUCUUAUGGCCAUCUCCAAAGUGGUUCCUUUAGUGGAAGAUUUAGCUUUUGGACAUCACAAUCCAUUUCAAGUAAUCACAUUUUCUAUAGGAUCUAUUUUAGCAGUAAAUCCACUUCGAAGCUUGUCAUGCAUGGAUAGAUGUCUAUGAUUUUGGAAGGGUGUCCUUGAUCAAUAGCAUGAUUGUGGAUAAGAAUCAGCAUUAAUUAUUUUCUUUUUCAUUAAAUUCAUUUAGGACUAUAACUUUCCGUCCCUUAUUUCAAGUCAAAUAAAUAUCUAGCUUAUUGUUAUAGGUUUUUGAAAAUUUUACAAAUAAAGAUUGAAUUUAAAAAAAUAUAUAUAUAUAUUUUUAGAGGUAAAAUUGUCUUUUAUGAUAUCACGCAUAGACAUGCAUAUACUCAAUGUAGCCAACACAUCUGUACAUCCACUGAAAUGUCCUUAAAAAUCUUGUCAAAUAUUUGCCGACAUUCUCCUCAGCGACUGCUACACUUUCUAUUUGCUGGUGAAAGUUUGCAUACAGCGCUGUGGAAUAUGUUGGUGUUUUAUAAACGAUAAAUAAUAAUAAUGAGCUGAGAUAUGUACCUUUUUUAGUCAUUUGUAUGCUCCAAACAGAAUGAAGUGAGGCUCAAUCUAGAGUUUGGAUGCAAUCAAACAAAUUAUAGAUUCACUUCGCAGCAAAUUUAGUAUGUGGAAAUAAAUAUUUUGAUUCAUCUCUUUAUGGUUACAGAUUUGGAAGCAGUAUUUUUCUGCACAAGAUACGGUGUAUGCAGUCAUACCUGUAAGUAUUACUUUCACUGGAAAUACGCAAAUGCUUCAACAUAAAAACAGCUGUGACUAUUAACAGUAGCCUGUAGUUAGUAGUGGCUAUUAAUGACUAACUGGUUUCUAAUCAUGCUGCUUUUUUUUGUUGCUUUUUUCUUACAGUACCCACAUACUGUGUCUUUAAUGUGCAAUAAAUAUGUCUAGUAAUUAGUGUAGCAUGCUUUGGUCUUCUUCUGAAUCACAUUUUCAUUUUUGUAAGUAGUUAUCAGUGGGUCAGGAAGUCACCUAUAUUAAUAAAUAUUUAGCGUAGCCAUGCCCCUGGAAUUAUUGUCCUCAUUGACCACUUGCAAUGUUGAGUAGUAUGCUUUAAAGAGCACAGUAAUUCUAUGAAAUACAUAGAUUAACAAUAUUUUGUUUAAAAAGAGAGAAAAGAAACACACAUUUAAACCAUCAGCACAGCAUUGCUAUGGUAACAGUGAUUGAUGGUUCAUUUGCAUCCAUCCCACAACCUGAUCCUUGGGGUUCUCGAGGUUAAAUCUUUAUUAUUGGGGUUUAUUAUGUCUCAAGAACUACUUAAUGGCAUGCAUAGAACACACUUGUGCACACUAGUGUACCCACUAGGUGGCACUCGUCAACAAAGAAAAAACAAAACUACUACUAGUGUUAGUAUUCGAGUUACAUCAAGCACCGUGACCACUUCAGUGAUUUGAAGUUGUCAUGGUGCCUGGAGUCUGUGCCCGCAGCGUUAUUCUUUGAAGCGCUGCACAGUUCGAGAUUAACCCCUCUGCUGCCCGAAGGUGUAACGAGUGCUGAACUCGUCAAUUCUGUGCAACUUUCAUUGAACAGAACAUCAGUCAUUGGCUUAGAACGGUCAGCAGAUGCUCUCAGACAAUGUAUGUUGACAAUAAAAACCAAAGAAAAUAGUUACCUGCACACUUUUCCAAAUCCCUAUGCAUAUUUAAUUAAUGGAGGUUUUUUGUUUUACUGCAAUGGCCAUUGCAUGUAAGCCCACCUGCCACAUCAAGGUAAAAAUAAGUCCGAGCAAUUUUAAUUGUUAUCUGUAAAAACAGCUACUAAAGGAGUUUAACCAGAAAAAAAAAUACUUUAUAAGUUUCAGGGGUACUCAAGCACUUCUGGAAUACAUAAGCUAUAAAACGAUUUAUACAUAAUUAUACAUUUUAUGGAUGACUGCUAAAUAAAUUGUAUAAAUGCCCAGUAAGGUUAUAGGGUUAAUUCAAUCAUCAUAACCACUACAGCCCUCUGCUAGACUCCCUGGUGGCUACUUCUGGCUCCUGCAGAGGUGCAGAAGCCUGGCCGUUAACAUAAAAAAAAAGGUGUUGUGCUCAGACCCCCACUACUAUUGGGCGCAAGCAAUGACCAUAGUACAAAUCAGCCCCAAUAUAUACAAUAAAAAACAAAGAAAAAAAGUUACUUGCACACUAUUCCAAAUCCCUUUACCUGAGUUGAAGGAAGCAAGGUGAAUGGUUAGUGUAGGACCCACCUAAGACGCUUGCCUUGACGUAGCAGGUGGGCUUACACCUAAUGGCCAUUGGAGUAAAACAACUUCCUGAUUUGACUAGUGCGCAGAUAACUCUUUUAUUUGGUUUUUAUUGUAUGUAUUGGGGCUGCUGUGUGCUAUGGUCAUUGCUACCGCCCAGGAGUAGUGGGAGUCUAAACACAGGACUUUUUUUGUGUAUGUCAACGGACCAGCUUCUGCAGCUCUGCAGGAGCUGGAAGUAGUCACCAGGGAGCAGAGGGAUGCAGUGGCUAUGAUGAUUGAAUCAACCAUUUACCCUUACAGGGCAUUAAUACAAGUUAUUUAUUUAGUAGAGAUCCAUAAAAUGUAUAAUUAUGUAUAAAUCGUUUUAUAGUUUUGGAUUCUGAAAGUGCUUGCAUGCCCCUGAAACUUACACAAUUUUAUAUAUAUAUUUUUCUGGUUAUGAGUCACCAUAUUUUAUGGCUAACCAUUUAUAAAAAUUUGUGUAAUUAAGCACCCACCCAGCUGCCUGCCCAUCUGCAUUUGUAUACACAGGGCAAUAAACCAAAAUGUUACCAGAACCAAGAGAUUGCAAAAUAUGUAUAUAUAAAAUCUGAAUCAUUGUUUUGUUCUUGGAUUUUAUUUAUCUCGUGUUUUUUUUAAUUCUUUCUUUAGGGUGAAGCUUUUGAGUUAAUGUGGCAGAGAGCCCAGACCUGUCCUGCAGUGAGUUACACAGCUUGCUACAGUGGUUUUAUUCUAAUUUGUCAUUACUUGACUGCCCACGGCUCCUUUAACAUCUUCUGAACACUCACUACACAGAUGUUUGCAUACCUGCGUGUUUGCAGAACAUUUGAGGCUAGUAAUGCCCCCCUGCAUUUGAAUCUCAGUGUGUGCAUGUUGCAAACUUGGCCUGCUGGCAGUAGGUCACUGCUCAAUGUUUUAAUAACCUCCUAGAUGUCUUUGAAAGCUUAUCAUGUCCGCUUUGAAAGAGAUCUAAGUUUUUUUUAAAUGUAUUUAAUAAGAGUAACACUUCCAAUUUUUGGUCAUUGACCAGUUACAUUGUGUGCAGACUCUGGAUCUAUUUUUAACUUUCUGACUUGGUAUCUAAAAGAAAUUUAUUUUCUUGAUAAUUUUAAACAUAUAUUGUUUUUUCAUUGGACUUGUUUCCUGAUCACUCCGUGUACGGUUGUCAGGUUGUAGCUAUGGUAAUUGCGUGUUAUUGGUUUGUUUAUGUGCUUGUUAGUGCAGGACCAUCUAAUGUUGGGAUACUGUGACAUUGUGGUAGGCUUAACACGUUUUGGUGUAACUUAAUCCCCAUAUUUGUUUGCUUAGAUAGGUGAUUUUAAAUGGACACUCCAGACCUGUAAAGCAGUUGAGCUUUCCGAAAAGCGUUAUAUAUGAAGAGUAUGUCCUGUUUUUUCAUUUUGCAAAAAGUGCAGAUUUCAGUAGAAAUUGACAAUGUUAUAAAUGAUACUGGUUACACACACCUGGCUUUUGAAGACGACAACACAAGAGGCAGCAAUUGCUCAGAGCACCUGCCUUGCAAAUGCUUCUCAUUGAGAUGCAUUGGGGAGUAUGUGAUUGGACAGCCAGAGAAAGUCUGGGUGGGAUUAGAAGAGGAGGGCUUGCAAAGGCAGUAGACGAGAUCUGCAGUUUUUGCAAGCUGUUUUUAGAUAUAUUGCUAAGGAAAAAUAGGCACAAUUAAAUGCAUGCAAGUUUUUAUUUAAAGUAUAUCUACUAAACAGAUCUGUCUAUUUUUAUUUUAUUUUUGGAACUGUAGUGUCCCUUUCAGUCUAACAGGUUAUUUAUUUGUGUGUGUGUGAACGCUGUUCCUUAACUUGUAUGUUAUUAGUGUCUUAUUUCUCAUGCAGAAUAUUUUUCAACCAAUUAACAUUGUAAAAAGCUUCUAAUUAAUAUAGCUUGCCCAUGUUGUGUAUUGAUUUGGUAUAAUUGCCUGGAACGUCUGCUCUUAACUGAGUAAUUUUUACUUUAUCUCCCUCAAUUAUACUGCCUGUUUGUCAAUCACAGCUGCUAGUGCCACAUUACAAGUAAUACCACUUGAAGUGUUUUUCCACACAGUUAACCAUUAUUUUCAUCAGAUGACACUGUAGUAAACAUAAUAAUUACCACUUGAUGAUAUGAGGUUUUAUGUUGUCUUGGAAUUGUAUUACAUUUUGUAAUCUGUCUGUUAUUAAAAGGAAAAGUGUCACUAUGAACAGAAUUGGGAAAUCAGCUUCCAAUAUUAGGAAAGAAGAAAUGCAAUAUAUGAACGGCCUGAAGUCAGAUAACCCCUAUGCCUGCUGUAGGUCAAAGUUUAAUUUUAAAUAUUUUAUUCUGCUUAACAGAAUUUAAGGAACACAAUGGUCACCAGAACUAGUACAGCUUAAUGUAGUGGUUUUUGGGCACAUACAUCGUACAUUUUAAUUAAUCUUUAUGCUUUUUUUCAAUGAAGAAACUUGAUAUUGAAGGGGUUACUCUGACAUCUAUCAUUGGCAGGGGUCAAGUCCUGGGGAAAAAAGUGUGGGAACUCCCGAAAAACCCACCCCUCCCAAAAUUAUUAUUUUUUUAUAUAUAUUAUACGCUCCUAUGCAUAUAUAUUUCUCAGAAAAUACAGUGCAACAUUUAUUGUAAAGUGCCAGUUUACAAAGACAUCUCCAAAAAAAAUGGAAACCUCAAAGACAGAAGGAAACGUGCGAUAAACACCUGACACACACACACACACACACACACACACACACACACACUAGAAUAUUGCAGUAUGCAAUGAUGCCUUUUUUAUUGGACUAAUAUAAUAUUUCAAAGACCACCUUUCGAGAUGUAUAUAUACACAACUACAAAUGGAGAUUACUGUGUGAACCCAAUCAAAGUUGAGAAAAGUAAUUGGCAGGCUCAGCUCCUAGACAUCCAAUAUAGCUGUACUGGGGCUAGAGAUAAAAGUAAGAAACCGCUUACAGGAGAGCUGAAGACAGAAAAAGGAGCAGGAACUGAUAUUGAGUUAAACUGAUCAGUGGUCAGCCAGUCUGCAUUCCUUAAUAAUAAUAAUAAUAAUAUUGUUAUUUAUAUAGCGUCAUCAAAUUCCGCAGCGCUUUACAGUGGGUGGACAAACAAACAUGUAGUUGUAACCAGACAAGUUUGACGCACAGUAACAGAGGGGUUGAGGGCCCUGCUCAAUGAGCUUACAUGCUAGAGGGAGUGGGGUAAAGUGACACAAAAGGUAAGGAUAGUACUAGACUAAAGACAGUUGGAGAAGAGGAAUCAGUCGGGAGCUAUUAAAGGACCACUCUAGGCACCCAGACCACUUCUGCAGUGGUCUGGGUGCUAGGUCCCUCUAGGAUUAACCCAUUUUUUUAAUAAACAUAGCAGUUUCAGAGAAAAUGCUAUGUUUAUAAAUGGGUUAAUCCAGCCUCUAGUGCAGGGGUUCUCAACGUUAGUCCUCAGGACCCCCUACCAGUCCAGGGUUUAGGGAUUACCUGGGUGUGUCUAAGGUGUUUAGAAAAAGAAAAAAAAAACACCUUAGAGUCUAAGGUGUUUUUUCCCUUUUUCUAAACACCUGAGACACACCCAGGUAAUCACCAAAUCCUGGACUGGUAGGGGGUCCUGAGGACUGGGUUGAGAACCCCUGCUCUAGUGGCUGUCUCAUUGACAGCCGCUAGAGGCGUUUGCGUGCUUCUCACCGUGAAAAUCACAGUGAGAAGAUGCCAGCGUCCAUAGGAAAGCAUAGUGAAUGCUUUCUUAUGAGACUGGCUGAAUGCGUACGCAGCUCCUGCCGCUCAUGCGCAUUCAGCCGAAGAGGAGGAGGAGGAGAGCUCCUAAGGGUGAGUGCUUUCCUGGCACUAUAGUGGUCCUUUAACAGUUUAAUUGAUAUCCCUAGUGCUCCUAAAAAAAUACCUUCAUGGGUGUUCUAAAGCUGUCCAUAGUUACCAUCAGAAUGAUCCAUGUACCCCCUAGACGUCCCCCCCAACAAAUGUCUAAACAAAAAACAAAAUGGUGCUAAACACCCUGUGCCUCCAUGAGUGCAAAUAAAAAGAAAAAUGUGAACAGGAGCAAAAACCCCACUCAUCUUUGUCCUAUACAAUGUAUUAACAGGUUGCCUUUACUUCAAUAUUUACUUUUCCCCUAAUUUUUUAAAAACCAGCAUAGAGUCUCUUCCUCCGCCUUUGGGGUGAUACUCUUUUUAUUUAUAUACACAUAUACACACAUACAAUGUGCUAGCUUCUAACUGCAGAGCAAGCCAAGCAAUGCACUUACCCCCAGCAUUGCAGAGGUUAAUAGACCCAGAAAUUAAUUGUUCAAAAGGCUGUAAUAAAUGCUUUAUAACACAUCUCACAACCAAGGGAUACAGGACACAACAGCAGCACUGUAUCAUAAUUUUAUCCCCAACAUAAAGUUACUAAGAAAAAAGAUUCUGCAAAGAUUGAUGGAGGAUUUAACCCUAAAAAGGUGAGCUCACCCCAGUCAGAGAUAAGAUGCAGUAAAUCUCGGUAAGAUCCUUCUGAUGCCAGUUAUAAAGUUCAGUGAGGCCUACUUGGUAAUUGGAUGUUUGCUGAGAACAGAAUCUAUUAGCACAGGACAGUCCACAGUUAGCAGUGACUUACUGAUAACUACAAUAAGAUUAAUGCACAGGGGAGGCAGUGUGCUCUCUUGUGCUCCCUGGUGGCAGGAGGUGGGUCCAGUGCUGGGGUCAUUAAUUGCAUGCUGGUGACUAGGUGUCCUUCAAUGCUGACUUGUUUCCUCUGCCUAACUUGAGAUGCAAGCUCUUCCAAUUUUCCUCUCCUGCUUGGAGCCUGCGCCCUGCUGCUCAGUCGGAACCCGUCUGCUACAAAGGGCAGGUUCCACAGGACUUCUAAAGGGAAUGGCGUUCCUGCUGUGAAAAAAGUGCGGGAACGCCGUUCCCACACGUUCCUGCAGGACCCGAGCUCUGGUCAUUGGCCUAUUCAAAACAGUGAAUAGUUAGAGAAAUAUACAACAGUCAACAUGAGGCAGAUAUCGGAUUUAUAAAACUGGAUUCCACGUGAUCUUCCACAUAAGGCAUGUUCUACCUACAAAAUAUUGUACUUUAUGAAAUGUUUUUAAAAAAUUGACUGCCCUAUAGAGUUGUUUUGUUUAUUUUUAAAAGAACAUGCCACCUCCAAAAAAUACUAUUUAGUAGAUAUACCCACAAUGAAAACAUGCAUAUAAUUCAUAUUUUUUUUUUUAUUGUGAAUAGGUCUAAAAACAUGCAGAAGCUGCAGUUCUCUUGUCUGCAGCCUUUGUAAGCCCUCCCCUUCUAACUCCACCCAGACUUUCUGUGGCUGUCCAAUCACAGACUUUCCAAUUCAGCUGAAUAAGAAGUCUUUGCAAGGCAGGUGCUCUGGGCAAUUGCUGCCUCUUUAAUUGAGCUCCGCUGAGCUAAUGAAACCCGGAAGAAUCAGGUUAAUUUAUAAAAGUGUAAUUAUCUAUUGAAAUCUGCUCUUUUUGUAAAUUGAAAAAGAGGAUACACUCUUACAUAGACACAUAGAAUGUGACGGCAGAUGAGAACCAUUCGGCCCAUCUAGUCUGCCCAAUUUUCUAAAUACUUUCACUAGUCCCUGGCCUUAACUUAUAGUUAGGAUAACCUUAUGCCUAUCCCACGCAUGCUUAAACUCCUUUACUGUGUUAACCUCUACCACUUCAGCUGGAAGGCUAUUCCAUUCAUCCACUACCCUCUCGGUAAAGUAAUACUUCCUGAUAUUAUGUUUAAACCUUUGCCCCUCUAAUUUAAUACUAUGUCCUCUUGUGUGGUAGUUCUCCUUCUUUUACAUAUAGUCUCCUCAUUUACUGUGUUGAUUUCCACAUAACCUAAAACAUUUGGGCAAGAUAAAGUGCUUAAGGUGUUAGGAGUGCCCCUUUAACAACUUCCUUAAUAUUCUCCCCUGUCAUGAUAUUUUUUUUUAUUUUUUUUUGUAUUUACCUGAAUCUAUCAGGCAGCAGGGCAAACAUAAUUUUUUUUUCUUUCAUCGAUUUUAUGUUUUUGUUUAAUAAUCCUCUCCAAAUACAAAAUGUAUUGUAUUUGUAAUGGAAGAGUACGCAGUCACCCCUUUCUUACAUUGUAUUCCCUGUUUUGCAGACAGAGUUAGUACCUCCCUGAAAAAGUACUGACAUUUAUGUAUUGGAGUAAUUCACAUGCCUACCUUUUUUGUAUUUUCUUUGCAGUUCUUGUAUGCGCUGCCCAGGCAGGAGGGAUAUGAGUUUUUCGUGGGUCAGUGGUCUACAACCGAGCUCCAUUUUACUUCUCUUAUUAAUAUUCAGGUAGGUGCAUUUUGGGCUGAGAGCCUAUAAGGUUUAAUUGCUUAGGUGGGAGCUGUGGAACAUUAACAAGGGAAUUUGAGGUUUUGGUGCAAAAUAAGCGAGCCAGAAUUGCAAGUCAUGGAUUAUUUUCAGAUUGAUUGAUUUGGCCUGAAUUUUCUCUAAUUCUGAGUUCAGUCUGUAAACCCAGGCAUAUAAAAUACCCCCAAAAACAAAUAAAACUAUGUGUGAAUGUUAACACCCCGAAUCCCUUAUAAAUCCCUCUUCUUACAAUCCAGCAUUGCAGGAGUGUUACUCUACACCCCACCAAAGUUAUUGCUGGAUGGCAACUUUUAGAAUUAUCUGCCCUAGUCCUGUGCUAGUUGACAAAUUGUGGCUUUUAUAGUUCAACAGCAGCUGAAAUGCCACAGUUUCACACCCCUGCUUUAGCACUUGGCUGGCUGCCUCCCUUCUGUCUCACAGUAGCUGUAAUUUGCGCUGCUGUCUUGGGGAAUUUAAACUGAUUCAUUGAAAAGUUAAUCAUGUUAACCGCCUGCUAAAGUCUGUUUCUGCUGUUCAGGUUAGAGUGAAAUAAAUGAGGGGGUAUAGGAUUCAGCUCUGAGACCAACGUAGAGGAUGGAAGGAAACGCGCAAGAAAAAUAUUGUGACAGAAGGGAUUACAGAAUUAAUAUGCACAUGUGUAAUAGAGAGCUUGAUGCUGCUAGAUAGGUGGUUGGAAUAAUAUGUGGGCGUCAGAGGACGGAUUGUGUCUGGGUAGCAGUGAGAUAAAAACUACAACUAAUUGAGGGCUUACAAACGGAGGCAUUAGUAGUCGUUUGCAUAUGUUUUGUAAAAUUUAAACACAUGUUAUGCAGGAGGCGUAGCACUUAAUUCGCUGUUUGGUGAGUUGAUGAGCAACUUAGGAAAUUUUCUGUCCAAAUUUCUUCGUUUAAAUAAAAUAAAAUAAAAAAUCUUUAAAGGGUUCAUGACGUGCUAAUUUUUAGUUAUUUCUGUAUUUUUAAAUAUAACGUGUAUGUGUUCAAACUGUUUUUGCAAGGCUGGUUAAAAAUCAAAAUGUUAUCUGCCCUCUUCCAGACAGCAGGAGAUUCUGCGCCAAGCCAGCUGAUUUUGUAUCAUUUCACGGAUCUCCUGAAAGAAAAAGGAAUAGUUCUUAUGACAUCUGAAAUAGACACCAAAUUCUUGGUAAAUAUAUUUUAUGAUUUUCCCCUCUUUGUAGAAUCUUUUCUUUAUUAAACAUAUGUUGUAGAGAAUUACAUUUUUUAGACUUUAGUAAUCUGAGCAGGAGAAGAAGUUGAGUUGGAGAUUAUUUUCAUUUAAGACUGUUUUAACCUACAAAAUUAGAUUUCUUUCUCGGUUUCUAGUGUAGUGAAUAACCCUGUAAGAUGCAUUGGUUUUGUUAUAAUUGCUUUAUUCACCAAACUCCAAUUUCUGAUGAAUUAAAAUCUAAAUUGCAAAAUGUAUGCAUACAUAUCUGAUUCAGCUACAGUCACGGUAUUGCUAUUUUAACGUACAUUUUGCCAUUCAGAUUUGGUUUCACUAUAAUUGAGUAUUGUAAAUAAACCUGUGUAGAUGUUUCAAAAUUGUUAUGACACCAAUCUUUGACAUAAAAAUUCUUAGUAGAUCUCAUCACUUUUUUCCAGAUAUAUUGUGUUUUUGGCUUCAGAGAAUGAUUCGAAAUUUUGAAUUAUUUUUACUUUUGAGUGCUUCUGAACAGAUAUUCGUAAUUAUUCACUAAAUGCCAGAUUCAGUAACAUUCUCCAUUCUGUUCUGUUUGGCUGACACAUUUCCUCCUGCUUUAAAAUCAACCCAACUGAACCUGCAGAUACUAUUUGUUUGAACUUAUAUCCAGCUGAAGACAGCUUAACUGAUACUGAAUGACAGCUGAAUGCUCCUAAUAUUAGAGUCGGGUUAGGUUAGUGGGGCAUAGGGUCACAGGUGCAGUUCUACAGGUGUUUUUCAGCGGAAUGGCACUAAAUGAAGAGCAAUAGCCAAAUUAACCAAUGUGUAGAAAUCCAGCUGAUUUUUACAUCUAGCUGAAUGGUAGCUAUAUGGAAGUGCAAAUAAGGGUGAAUUUAGAGGUCCACAUCCAUUUAAAUGUUGUUAAGACCUUAGUAAAUAGCCUCUUUGUAUCUUAUCCUUCCUUCUUGGAAAGAGUAAAAAAAGAUUAUGCUACGCCUGUGAAGUGUGCAGUGUUAGCCAAUACCGUGUGUAAAUCAAACUUAGCUCAAAGUGCCAAGCAAUAGGUUUAUUCUUUAAAAAUACACUUUCUUAAAGAAUCUUUAAAACAGCCAUCUUAGAUUGUUGGUGCCUGUAUUACAAAGUUCACAGGUAACACAAUGUGCAUUCUUUGCUUCCAGAACGUGCAAGAAGCGCAGUGCUUGGCCAGUCAAGUCCAGCUGUUCUAUGCUGGAGAUCAGUCAGAAAUAUUCCAACACGUAGAGACAUUCAACCACAACCCAAAUGAAUUCAAAUACAUGUCGGUUGUUUCUUCCUUGGAGCAAAGUGGACUGGUGAAAAAACCUUCAAGUUUGCAAGAGAGAAAGUAA